AAGAGAGAGAGAGAGAGACAGAAAGAAAAUAUAUAGAAAUAUCAAAUUUGAGAAAAAGAAAAAACAAUUACAUCUAUAAGUGAAACUAUGUCGCAAGAUUCAGUCCGAAAAAUUACAAAAUCUAAUGUGGAUAAGGCUAGAAAACUUGUAAUGAAACAUAUUACGGAGAGAAAAAGACGAGAUAUGAAAGAAGUCACAAAUAACCGUAAAGUUAUUUGUAAGAAAUUUCAAGGUGAUAAGAAAAGGGCAGCAUUUGUAGGAUUUUCAAAAAAUUUAGCAUUGUUAGAGAUGCAAUCUUAUAUCGCCCGUCAAGAUUGGAAGCAUGCAUUAAAUUUAUUUCCUAGACUUCUUGAAUGUCCUGUUGAAUUGGAACCUUUAAUAUGGAGAUACGCAUUUAUAAUUUUAUUGCAUACGAAUGAUCCAUUACAUCUCCAUCAAUUUUUCAGUCAAUGUAUUGGUAGUCACAGUUCAAAUAACAGCACUUUAUUAGAAAAGUUAUUGUUAUUACCUCUAGAAGAUGAUAAUUCAAGGUAGUCUAUUACAUUAUAUUGGCAUAUUCGUGUUAAGUCAAUAUACAGUAUUUGUCAGAUACAAAUCUUUGUACAAUUGUAUUACACCUGAUUAUACUAUAUGCUGUACUAUAAACUCUUCAUAUGUUCUUUGAUAGUGCUUCGAGUAAUUAUUUUUAUACAUAAUUAUAACUAUAUAUAAACAUUGAAUAAAAAAGCAAUUGAUGAAAUUAUAUUUCAAGUAUUGUACAGUCAUAUAUCUUUGUGAUAAUCUUACACACUUUUCAUUCAUUGUCAUUAAUAUCUGUUUGUAAUUCACUGAUGUAACUAUGAUUUUAAGAUAAGAACGCCUUGUGAUACUUAUAUAAUUCUAUUAAUAGAGAUACAUUAUUUACAAAUAAUCUUUUGAUUAUAUUUGUUCACUCGAUAGUACUGAUACUUAAAAAAUCUUGUUGAAACAAAUAUUUUAAUUUUUACAAUUUUUAAAAGGAAUUUACUGGAAAUAAUAUAUUUCUGUGUGUCUAUGUGUGUGUGUGUGUGCGCGUGCAUAUAUGAUAUUACUGAGACGAUUGUUAAUAUUUUUGUAUAUACAAAUCUGUAUAUUAGCUAAACCAAACCGAGUCGUAAAAAAAAACGUUUAAAAUGAUGUAAUCUUCUUAAUGUUAUAAUGAUAACAUCUGUUACAUUAAAUGAAAUAUCGAUCACUAAAUUAAUCUCAAUUAGAAAAA